GAUGAAUGCGUCAUACUACGUGCGACGAAGAGUUGUCUUCUCCACGCUGUUUACCAGAAGAUGUAACUCAAGUGUUUUAACUCUCGUUUCCGGUUGUAUUUAGUUUAAGGCAUGGAGAAAAAAGGCUCAAACUCCUUCGUGAAGAAACCUAAGCCCGUGAAGAUUGAAGACGGUGACGACCCCGUCAAAAACUUUGAAAAAUGGAAGAAAAAAUACAGCAAGACGAAAGCACGAGUGAAGCGUGAGAGAGCACAGAAGAAGAAGCCCGAAUGGCAGGUCGAACGGGAGUACAUCGAUAGGCUUGUUAGCAGGUACGGCGACAUAAACACCAAGGAGGCUGUCAAAUUUUCAGACUUCCCCAUUUCAAAGAAAACCUUGUUAGGUUUGCAGGGGGCUCAGUACAGGCAGCCCACGGAGAUCCAGAGACAAACUAUCGGCUUCGCUUUGCUCGGUAAAGAUGUCCUCGGGGCGGCUAAAACUGGCUCUGGGAAGACUUUAGCCUUUCUCGUACCGGUGCUGGAGUGUCUGUACCGCCAACAGUGGAGCUCCAUGGACGGCCUCGGUGCUCUCAUUAUAUCCCCAACAAGAGAGCUUGCCUACCAGACCUUCGAAGUCCUCCGCAAGGUAGGCAAAAACCACGAGUUCUCCGCAGGACUUAUCAUAGGCGGUAAGGACCUCAAGAGCGAGUCGGAGCGGAUUCAGCACACCAAUAUUGUCAUUUGUACCCCGGGUCGGCUUCUCCAGCAUAUGGACGAGACGGCCACCUUUCACGCCUCCAACCUGCACAUGCUAGUAUUGGAUGAGGCUGACCGAAUCCUGGACAUGGGCUUCGCGGAUACACUCAACGCCAUUGUAGAGAACCUUCCCAAGUCCCGACAGACCUUGCUGUUCUCUGCCACGCAGACCAAGUCGGUCAAAGACCUGGCCCGACUCAGCCUCAAAGACCCAGAGUAUGUGUGGGUUCAUGAAAAGGCCAAGUUCAGUACCCCCGCCACGCUGGAGCAGAGCUAUAUCGUGUGUGAGCUCCACCAGAAGGUCAACAUGCUCUACUCAUUCAUCAGGAACCACCUGAAAAAAAAGAUCAUUGUCUUCUUUGCCUGUUGCAAGGAGGUGCAGUACCUGUUCCGAAUCCUUUGUCGUCUCAGACCCGGCAUGCCCGUCCUGGCUUUGCAUGGCAAGCAGCAGCAGAUGAAGAGGGUGGAGGUUUACAACGACUUUCUCAGAAAGCAGAACGCUGUGCUCCUUGCCACCGACAUAGCCGCUAGAGGCCUGGACUUCCCCGCCGUCAACUGGGUGCUGCAGUUUGACUGUCCAGAAGAUGCAGAUACUUACAUCCACAGGGUGGGAAGAACUGCCAGGUACAAGGAGGGGGGAGAGGCUCUACUCCUGCUGCUUCCCUCAGAGGAGAAGGGCAUGAUCAGACAGCUGCAGGAGAAGAAGGUUCCCAUCAAUAAGAUCCAGGUGAACACCGAAAAACUACAAAAUGUCCAGCAGAAGCUGCAGGCCUUCCUGGCCCAGGAGAAGGAGCAGAAGGAGAGAGCUCAGAGGUGUUUUGUUUCCUACCUGCGUUCUGUCUACCUGAUGAAGAACAAAGAGGUGUUUGAUGUCUUUAAACUCCAGACUCAGGAGUAUGCACUUUCUCUGGGCCUUGCUGUGGCUCCCAGAGUGCGCUUCUUAAAUAAAGCUCAGGCACAGAGAGAUGAGAAACAAGGGCAGAGAACUGAGGAGCAGUCAGAAGAAGAGGAAGAGCUGAGGAGCUUCAAGGCCCAGCUGAGAGGAAACCAUCCUCAUGAGGAAAGUCAGAGCUCAGAGUCAGGGGAUUCAGAUUGUGAGGAGGAAAGUGAAAGUAAUGAAGAAGAAGCAGAUCAGUCCAAAACACUACUUCAGGGUGCAGAUGAUGAAGACGAUGAUGAUCUGAAAGACUUUGACCUGCUGAAAGUCAAAAGAAAGGAUGUGUUUAAUCUUGCAGGGGACCAGCAGAGUCCAGAGGAACCUGCCGAGGCCUCCAAAAAGAAAACCGAAAAAGAGACAAAGUUCAAAGAAGCCAAAAAGCUCCUCAAGAGAAACUUCCAGUUCAACACCAAAGUGACUUUCAGUGAAGAAGGAGAGGCUGUCCAGCUGUGGCCGCCAGUCCAACGGACCAUGACUGUUGAAAAGGAAGAAGAGGAAGAGGAGGUUUCGGGUAUCAACAUGGAGAAGGCCAAGGAGAGGCUGAAACGAGAGGACCAGGAGUUUGACAAGCAGGAGUACAGUCGCAAAGUGAAAGCCAAACACAGAGAGAAGAGGCUGAAGGCAAAGGCAGCCAGGAGGGAGGCCGGAAAACAGCGGGGACGAAAAUCUGAUGAGGAAGAGGAGGACGAAGUGAUGGCCUACUUGGCCAAUAACAGUGAGGACGAGUUUGACCCCAGCACUCUGCCAGACCCUGACAAAUUAUGCUCCGAGGAGAGGGAGGAGGAGGACGACGACGUUGACGAAGAAGACGACGAUGGCGACGAUGAGAUGAGGUCUGCUAAACGGCAGCACAGCAGUGAAAGCAGCGAUGAAGAAGAGGAGGUUCCAGUAGGGAAAAGGAAGAAAAUGAAGCAGCGGCAUGAUGAUGCGCACUCAGCCCUGGACACUGGUCUCUCUCUGGCUGAAGAUGAGGAGUUAGUCUUACAUCUGCUAGGAGGACGGAGGUAGAGAAAUCAGAGGAGCUGGGCCAUUUAGGACGGGUUUGCAAACAUUAUUAUGAACUCAUCAGUGAAAUAAAGUCAACAGUUAAGUAAGUCAUUAAAUAUUGUGAAAAAUGUAGAUGCAGAUGCUGUUAAAGGAGCCCUGCGGCGUGUUACUAACCAAAACAUGUAACAAACAUAAAUCUUUGCAAAGUCGGUUUCUGCGUAGUUGAUAUUCGUGUUUCCUACCAAGAAGUCUUCCUUUGUUUUGCCUUUGCUGGUGUGUUGCUGAGUUUUGGUUGGUUACCUGCCUAAGAGAAGUGUUGAUAGCAGUUGAGCUUCCAUGCUGUUGAAUGUUUUCUUUGUUUGAACCUGUCAACAAUUUAAUGUCUGCAAAUACUAUCACCAGUUUGUGAUCAACUUUGAUAUUGAGUGAUUCUAUUAAAAAAAAAAAAAAAAAAUCAGUUGAUUUCAGUGUUUGCUUUAAAUGACAGCUUUGUCAUUUGUAGGAUUACAGUCCCAGUCAACACUGCAAUGAUGUGCUUAUAUUACUGUAAGUGAAAGUCACCCAUGUCUUACAGUAUCUGUCACUAAAUGUACUUAAAUUUCAAAAGUAAAAGUAAAUGAUACAUUUACCUACUGUAUACUGCGUUCAACCCAUUAUCAGCCUGGCUUAUCAUUGGAUAUAAUGUUCAGCAGUUUUCUGAUGGUAGAUAAACUAAUUUCAAAAUGUGCUACUUUGCCUCUCUUGCAGCAUGCAAUCUACACUGGAAGUAUGUAUGUUAUCAAAUUAGUGGAGUAAAAAUUACAAUAUUUGAACGGUAUUUGCAAACUAACUGUCCUCUGUAUUGUACCACAUCUAAACUGUAGUGGGGUGAAAGGCUGGUGUUUCUUCCUACUGACUGCAUCUAUUGGCCUCCCGACUCUCAGUAACAGUCUUUGUUGUGCAAAGUGAUGAAUUGUACAAGGAUAACUGUGCUCGCUGUCCUACAUUUGUGUACAUUCUCUCCUCAGAGGCAGUCAUAAUGCUGGUACUUGUACUUGGUUGUACACAGAAGUUCCAGAACAGCUGAGAGUGAGAAUCACAUCUGAUCAGUCACUGCCUGAAAGGGGCCUGAUUGCCACAUUGAUUUUUAAAUUACAUCACUGGCAGAACAUCUUCUUUGUGACCUUGUUUCAUUACCUUAAGCAAUUCUUAGCACUUUAAAAUCUUAAGUUAAAGAAACUUUAUGUAAACUUCCCUGAACUCCAGAAGGAUCACACAAACAAGUCCCUCUUUGAACGUGGUCUGUCUCGAGAUCCAUUUGCUUGAAAAUGUUCCACCACGCUCAAGGAGUCACAAAAGAAAGAAUUUAAUUUAUUUAAUAUUUGUCCAACAACUCAGUUCACCAAGAAACGUGCAUCGCUCGUGAUUAACAGCUCAAAUGUCAGAGGGGUUUUCAGACUGAAUACCUCGAGUUGUGUAAAGGGGUUUUGGUUAAACACAUUUUCACUGUUUAUAUUAAAAUGUAAGAAUGGAAAAAAUAAUUUAAAAAAAAUUUCAACUUCCAAAAUCGCCCAUGAGACAAUGUACUCCAUCGACACCAGUCUUUUCCCAGUAAUUGACCAGGUUGCUAUUUUUUUUUAGAAGUGCUAACAGCUGACAUUAAACGGAGCAUGCGUCACUGUCGCUAUUUUUUCAUUUUACAAGCCGACCUUUUUCACUGCACAUUUUCAUUCUGCCGCACAUCGUCUACUCACGAAUAUUUCAAUAAAAUAAUUUCUUAUUUAUUUUCUUUUUCCUGCCGUAACCAAUCACGGUGCAUCCUCUUUACUGUGCGCCGCAAACGCAGCACUAGCCCAAAAUGGAUCCAGACCCCGCGCUACCUGUGUAACACCUACAGCAG